UUUUGAAAGUAGAUAUCCAACCCGUACGUCUAGCUAGCGUUAUCAAAAUGUGUAAAUGGCUGUCAGGGUCGACAUAGUUGUCAUUAGAGGAAUCCACUGCACUGUUUUAACCGUUCCAAUCAAGUAAUGUCAUAUUCGCCAACUCGACAAUUGAAUGCUUUAGAAAAUCACGACCUUGAGCGUGUCACACUUGUUUGCAGCGACUCCUGAGCAACUUAGCCUAGCCUGCUGCAUUGAUCAGCAAUUGAACUUUAAUGUUUUGUUUGUUAAAUUUAACUUAAUUGUAUUCUACCAUCAUUUCUCUCUUUCUUUCUACUAUGGAGUUAUUUGAAACCAGUCUUGGAUGUCUUGGAUGUUUUGCUGUAGGUGGGCUUGUGUUUGCUGCCUACAAACUUGGCUUGCUGUACCAGUUGUUCCACAAGACUGAGAUAAAAAGCCCUCGACAUGGCGGCGAAAGUGUGGCAGAUGUUCUGCGCUCCCAUGGAAUCAAGUUUGUCUUCACUCUGGUUGGUGGACAUAUCUCGCCCAUCCUGGUGGCCUGUGAGAAAGUGGGCAUCCGGAUUGUGGACACCAGGCACGAGGCCACGGCUGUUUUUGCAGCUGAUGCCGUGGCACGGCUUUCAGGUACCGUUGGUGUAGCUGCAGUGACUGCUGGCCCAGGUCUUACCAACACCGUGACAGCAGUGAAGAAUGCUCAAAUGGCAGAGUCACCCUUGUUGCUCAUGGGAGGGGCUGCUGGUACAAUUUUGCAGGGCCGAGGGGCACUGCAAGACAUCGACCAAAUGUCACUUUUCAAGCCUCUGUGCAAGUUUUGUGCCUCCAUCAGAACAGUCCGAGAAAUUGUGCCAGUUGUCAGAAAAGCGUUGGCUGUUGCCCAGUCUGGAACACCUGGGCCUGUUUUCAUAGAAUUCCCCAUCGACACUUUGUACCCGUUCCAUCUGGUGUCCAGAGAGUUUGCUGUUAAAAACCCUCCCAAAGGUCUGAUGGGCAAAAUUGUCUCCUGGUACCUUAACAACCACCUCAUGAACAUCUUUGCUGGUGCCUGGGAGAGAAGAGAUCUUUCACCUUUACCAGUUGACAUUCCACAAGCCACAGAUGAUCAGGUACAAAAGUGCAUUGAACUGGUGAGCCGAGCCAAGAAACCUGUUAUCCUCCUUGGAAGCCAAGCCACGCUACCACCAACGCCAGUUGAUGAGCUCAGGAGCGCUUUGGAGGCCCUUGGCAUUCCUUGUUUCCUUGGAGGCAUGUCCCGAGGCAUGUUGGGAAAAGAUAGCCCAAUCCAUAUUCGGCAAAACAGACGAGAUGCUCUGAAGGAGGCCGAUGUUGUUCUUCUCGCAGGAACAGUAUGCGACUUCCGUCUGGGCUAUGGCAAAGUUCUGAACAGACGCAGUAAGAUCAUUGCUGUCAACAGAGACAGAGUGCAGCUGCUCAAAAACUCUGAUAUGUUCUGGAGACCAACUGUAGCAAUUCAAGGUGACGCUGGUUCGUUUUUAGUACGGCUUCACAAAGGCCUCAAGAGCCACCGCUGUCCGGAAGAAUGGCCUCAGAGCCUCAAAGCAGGAGAUGUGACCAAAGAAAACGUUAAUAAGGCUAAAGCCAAUGAGAAGACUGAGCAUCACCUGAACCCCUUAAAAGUUCUUCACAUGUUGGAUGAGGAGAUGUCAGAAGACAGUAUCAUUGUCGCGGAUGGCGGUGAUUUCGUAGGAAGCGCUGCUUACAUCUUGAGGCCACGGGGACCACUGCGCUGGCUCGACCCAGGGGCCUUUGGGACGCUGGGAGUAGGAGGAGGGUUUGCGCUAGGUGCAAAACUGUGCCGGCCUGAAUCAGAGGUCUGGAUUGUCUACGGCGAUGGUUCCCUAGGAUACAGUGUCGCUGAGUUUGACACGUUUACUCGACAUAAGACACCGGUUAUUGCUGUUGUGGGAAAUGAUGCAUGUUGGAGUCAGAUUUCCAGAGAACAGGUUCCCAUUUUAGGCAGCAACGUGGCAUGUGGCCUGGCAUUUACAGAUUAUCACACCGUGGCCGAUGGCUAUGGCGGUAAAGGCUACCUUAUAAGGCGCAAGGAUGAGGAGCAGCUCAGGGACAUCAUCAGGGAGGCGCGAAAGGAGAGCCAGAUGGGCAAAGCAACACUUCUCAAUGUCCUGAUAGGCAAAACCAACUUUAGAGAGGGCUCUAUCUCUGUAUAAUGUUAAUAUGCUCGGAGGAUAUUCAACCGGUACCAAUGGAUUAUUUUACUAUUAUUAUAAACAGUGUGGAAUCAAAUGAAUCAAAACGCCUUAAUAAUACAGUUUAACAUGUUCUGCUUCUAGGGUUACUUGAGUGCCCAAACCAUAAUUGUUGCAUUUCAAUAAAAGACACUCGUAAAAUAAUGCUGACGCCAGGCUGGAAUUUCCUUGGUCACAAUCUGGUAGUUUCCCCUUUUGUUUUUUUUAAAAACUGGUAUGGGAGUCCACAUGUGUAUGAGUAAUCCGCCUGACGUCAGUGAUAAAUUUUGCUUAAGGGAUUACUUUGAUGUUGUCUUUAAUGUAAAAAAGCAUUUGUUAAUCACACACAGAUUGGAAAUAAUUUCAUGGAUUAGUAAUUAGAUGCAACCCAAAUGCCUUUAAUCCUGUUAUGAAUGAAACAUUGAUACUUUAUCAUUUGAAAGUGUGGAGUAUUCUCAAGAGACUGAAUCAUUUGGGGAAAAAAAGAGAAUGCUUUCAAGUAUAUGCCUUUUGUAAGUUCAAAUAUAAUAGUAUGAAUAGAGUAUAUUGUAGAAUAGAUUAUUUAAUAUAUCGUAGUAAUAAUAUGCACAAAUGAUGUCAUUUUCAGCCGGGGUAGGGAACCUUUGCCAUCUCAGGGUGCAUUUCUGUUUGUCCUCCAAAGACCAUACUAAAUAUUUGAAAAAAUACGAUGCAACCGAUUGUGAGCAUUUGAGGAUCAAGUGUUUUAGGAGUUUUAGAGCACUUUCUCUGAGGUUUUAGUUGACUGUCUAGCAGGCCAGAUGAAAUAUUCUUGCCCACUCCUGCUUUACAAUCAUACAGUAUGUAUUGCACUAUAAAUGUAAAUGAUUUGCUCACAAGGCAAAUGUAUGUUGUUCAUUGCUGUGAGAAGAGAUUUUGUCAGGGUUCUAUAGAAAGUAUGCUAAAGUUAAUUAUCUAUUAAACUGGUGAUGAAUAAAGACAA